CACAAAGUAAUUCGAAAGGCCAAGGAAGGAAAAAAGUGAUGGGUCCCACGACAACACCACCAUUGGCCUCACCAAACGAAGUAACGAACCUCCUCCUUAUAAACUAACUUUUCCAUCUCCAUUUACCAUUCGCCACAUGUCGCCCGCAGAUUCUAUCCCCACUUGUUGCUCAUUAUGUGCUCGAUAAAAUGCGCAAACCAUAUUUCGAACUUCAAUUUUCACAGAGAUGAUGGAGGAAGAGAGUGGCAGUGGCGAUGGCGUUGCUUGCAACAACUGCUCUGUGUAUUGUCGAGCUGACGGAUCCUACUUGUGUACCGGCUGUGACUCCCGAAUUCACGCAGUCAAUCAAGAGCCUUCUGGCCAAGAACGAGUGCUGGUGUGCGAGGCCUGUGAGCGAGCACCAGCUGUAUUUCUCUGCAAGGCGGACGCCGCCUUGCUCUGCACCUCCUGCGACGCAAAUGUCCACUCCGCCAACCCCCUCUCACGCCGACACCAUCGUGUCUCAAUCUCAGGCAGCCCCUACACGCAACCAGGGACGAUUGGGACAGAAUUUCUGAGUCAGGAGGCAGAGGAGGAGGAGGCAGCUUCAUGGUUAUUGCUGAAUCCAGUGAAGACUAGCACCACGACCACCACCAACAACGACAAGCAGAUUAAUAAUGUUAACAAUGGGGUUUUGUUGGGCGAGGAGUAUUUGGACCUUUUCGGGUACAAUUCAAUUGGUGGCAAUCAGUUCAAUGAGCAAUACAAUCAAGAUGAUCAGGAGGAGCAGAAGUGUUACAGUAUUGUUCUACAGAAGAGUAGUUAUGGAGGUGACAGUGUCGUGCCUGUUCAGUGUGGAGAAGCCAAGGAUGGUCUGCAACAACACCAAUUGAAUUUUCAGCUUGGUUUGGAGUAUGAGCCCUCAAAGCCAAAGGUGUACAGCUUCAAUGGUUCGGUUAGCCCAAGUAUUCCCAUUUCAUCGUUGGAAGUUGGAGUGGUACCAGAAUCCACAAUUAGUGGCAACUCACUUUCACUUUCCCAUACAAGGCCUCCAACAGGAGCCAUUGGUCUUUUCUCUGCAGCUCCAGUUCAGAUGCCACAACAACUCACUCAAAUGGACAGAGAGGCCAGAGUUUUAAGGUACAGAGAGAAGAAGAAGACGCGCAAGUUCGAGAAAACAAUCCGGUACGCCUCAAGAAAGGCGUACGCAGAAACAAGAGCGCGAAUAAAAGGCCGGUUCGCGAAGAGAACGGAUGUAGAAAGUGAAGUAGACCAGAUGUUCUCCACAACAUUGAUGACUGAAACUGGAUAUGGCAUUGUCCCUUCAUUCUGAAUUAACAGCUGGAAAAUAAAGAACAAUACUUCCUUAUGUGGGUGUUGUCUAAUAUAUAUAUAUAUAUAUAUAUAUAUAUAUAU